CUUCCGGUACGGGAAUUCUUGAUUCCCAUUUCUGACAUUAAACAUUACCAUGACUCGUGAUAUAUCAAACCCUGCUCCCCUUUUCACACAAUGUCUUUAAGUAACUAUCAGUGUGAGUUUUGUCAAUGAAAAAAGGUAAUUACAAACCCCGUAAAGCAUGACAUGGUAUUUUGCACACCUCCCCAAUGUUCAAGUUUCGGGCAGUGUGAAAAAGACGUUUCCCAGUUCCUUACACACGAUCACACGUCAACUGUCUUCAUGAACGAAGUGUUCGUGGAUUUGGGUGUUCACACGACAUGUUACCCCAAGAAGGAAACAGCAUGACUGGCGAGAACCUGGUGGACAUCCUGACCUGUGGGAGAUGUGGCAAGAAAUAUCCCCUCCACAACAUUACAAACUUCAUACAACACAAGCGACUGGACUGCCUUGACUCUGGUCCUCUCAAGGAAACACAACCUCAAGGUACUAAAACCACCAGCCACCACUCCGCAUGUGACCAGCAGCGGGAGUAUGGGUCAUGGGAGAUCACGCAAAUUGGUCCAAACGAAACUGUGUUGUCCUGCUACUCCUGCUCCCAGGACUUCGUGACGGCCUGGGGUCUGCUGAACCACGUGCAGGUCUCCCACAAUCUCAACAUCUUCAUCAAGCGAGGCACAGACGGGAAGGAUGCGGGACAUGAUGACGACCUGUCUGAAGAUGAAGAUAAAGAAAACAUGAAGGAGGAGACGACAAUGGUGGAGAUCAACCAGGGGACGGGAAGGGUGACGACAAACGUGUCGCGGAACUGUACAGAGCUGGCGGCAGCAGGGGGCACCACCAUCUGUUGUAACAGCAAGGAAUGCUGUGUGACCAUCAUACCCGGCACACAUGAGCGGCCGAAAAAAUGCUGCAGCGCUGUUGUCCCGAAGAAGCGGAAGCGGCACAUGGAGGAGCACAUGAGUGGUGAAGGCGAGAGGGAGCUGAUGGAGGGGCAGGACAUGAUGGACGAACAGGAGGACCUGGAUAAGGACUGUGAUGAUGAGAAUGAGUCGGACAACGGUGAUGAUGGGGAUGAGGGGGACGACAAUGGGAGCAGAGAUGCUAUUUAUAUCGACUUCCGACCUCGGGAGAGCGGGAAUGGGAAGCCAUCAGAUGAGAACGGGGAUGUGCAGACUGACAGUGAUCAGCCGUGGGGGACCGUUGAGGUUCGGCAGGGCAGGGCCCAGGAUGACGAUGAGGGUCCCACUCAGUGUUCCUCGGAGAGCCGUGAUACUUGCUCCGACAGAGGUCCGAUCAUCAUGCAGCCCGGGAUGACCUUCUCCAUCCCAGUGUCCUACUCCCACAAUGCAUCCUCCAGCCCCAACAUCAGAUCAGCUGCAGCAGCAGCAGCCGAUCCCACCAGGACCAAUCCCAUGGUUACAUACAGCCUCCCCAAGCAGACGAUGUUCUCGGUUGGAACGUCGCGAGUGAUGACAAUUAGUUCCAACACUGCGCCCUUUGUCAUGGGGCCCCGCAACGUGACCCAGAUCCUCCGCCUCCAGACAGGGGAUGCUGGAGAUGCUGAGUGUUCCCGGGGGGCACCUGCUGGAGAUGAAGAGGAGUCUCGGUUGAUGAUUGACAUUGACAGCGGGCAGGAUGACGAAGGCAUGGACAACGAGGAUGAUGGGUCGCCAGAAAAGGGUAGCGGCAAGAAACGGCGCUACCCGACAUCACGGCCGUUCAAAUGUGACCAGUGUGAGCAUGCUUUCAAUCAGAGGAUUCAUUUGAAGAAGCAUAUGAGUAAACAUACAGGUGUAAAGCCGUACAAGUGUCAGCAGUGUGACUACUCCACCGUGGAGCGCAGCCAUCUCAAGGUCCAUAUUAGGAUCCAUACAGGUGAGAAGCCCUUCAAGUGUACAUUCUGCGAGUAUGCCACGGCCCAGAACAGCACGCUCAAGAUUCACCUCAAGAGACAUCAUGGCGGUAAAAUGUUUGAGUGUCAAGCUUGUAGAAAGAAAUUUACACAGAGAAAUCUGCUUCAAAGUCAUCAAGAGGAGCAUCGCAGGACGCCUGGUGUCGGUGAACCAAUGCUGCAGGCUCUUACUGGACAUGCAAAUCAGCUCCCGCUUCCAGUUCAGAUAGCCAAUCAGAAUACAGUAUCUACAAGUGCUUUCCCGAGUUCAUUGACCUCCACACAGACAGUUGAGGAUGCUGAUGGCAAUCAGAGGGAUGCAGAUGAACGGCCAGAACAAAGUGAAGCAACUGUGACAUAAUCAGUUCGACCUAGUCUUCACACACAUAGUGGAUUGUGUCUAAAAUACACUGAUCGGCUUGCCAUGGACUAGACUUACACCAGCAGUGUGUUUUUCAAAGGAAAGAACAACUAAAACUGCUGAUAAUACAAUUUUACUCCAAGUGACACAUGUUAUCUAACACAACAAUGACACAAGUGACAACUAUAACACAACAAUGACACAAGUGACCUAACACAACAAUGACACAAGUGACCUGACACAGCAGUAUUAGUAACCUAACAUGACACUAUUAACCUAACACAACGAAACUAUUGACAUUACACAACAAUGACACAAGUGACCUGACACAUCACAAGUGACCUAUCACAACAAUGACACAAGUGACCUAACACAACAACAACACAAGUGACCUUACACAACGACUCUAUUGACCUAACACAAUGACACUAUUGAACUUACACAACAAUGACACAAGUGACCUAACAAUGACACAAGUGACCUAACACAACAACACAUGUGACCUAACAAUGACACAAGUGACCUAACACAACAACGACACAAGUGAUAAAGAGAAGCACAAUGAUGACACAAAUGACUUACAUGUACAACAAUGAUGUUCAAAUGAAAGGCGUAUUAUGUAUUAUGUAAACAACGGAUGAUGCUGAUAUUUGGUUCCUGAUAUUGGAGAAUCUCUGACUGACAAGAAGGAUUCAUUGUGCUGAACCCUAGUGUGACUAAGCACUCUAUUACUUGCCGUUAAAGGCAACCUGGAGGUCAGGCUGGUGUGUGAUCGUGUGUCAUCGUACCCCGAUAAGGUGAAAUGUUGCUUUGAGUAUCAACUGGUUUGUCUGUCGAGACUCAAGUACUGCAGGCAAUUGUGGGAUAUAGGUGAACCUUGUUAAUCUGAAUGGUACCGUUUCAUGGGAAAUAGUCCAGAUUAUCCCGUUUCAGAAUUAACGAAUAAAGGGUACACAUAUUCCAUGAUAUACACACCAAAAAAGAUUAUUGGAAUAAUGGAUGUCUAGUCUAACAAGGGUCACUGUAGCUGGAAUAUUGCAGUCACUCGGUCACAGUGUAAGUCCAAGUGGGGUGUUUCUGUGAAGCUGCGGUAUGGUCACGCAGUGGGCUAGCACUAUUAAUCUGGCACUAGUCCUGACUUGUGGAUACAGACACACGCACAGACGGACAGACACACCACAGACACACACACAGACACACACACACAGACACACACUAACCUUGAACCCGAUAUUACACCUCAUUUUCCCUCACAAACACAUAGCUCACCUACUUAGAUAGGUUACCAUUGUAUUGUUUCUCUGUAGCAUGUAGGUAAGGACUUUAUUUAUAGGUUGAAACAAGGAACUAAAUAAUCCAUGAAACCAGGAGUGUUUCAAGAUCAGCCAGUUAAACAAGUUUAUUUCCCAUGUUGCAUGAUAUUUGCAUGUAUGACAGAUUAAUUGUUCAAAUGUAAUGUGUAAACAUUUACUGUGCAAUUUCAUUCUUAACAUGGGUGAGAAGAAACAUACUUAAAAAAAAGAUUCACCAUAUCUUAGCAACAAGCAGAAUAUUUUUGCUUACCUGCCGAUAGCUGAAUUUGCAAUAUAUCCACGUUUAGUAUGGUCAUAUCUCUACAUAGUUAUACUUAGUUACUGAAUCUUGCUUGCCCAACAUUCAGCGAGAGUAUUACCCUGCUUGCAUGUUAUAUAGUACUCAAAAGAA